AAACUCUGGCAUUUGACAUGUGAGGAUAGAAAGGGAAAAGACGUAGGAGUUGGCUUGGCACAAGUAUACAAACCUCCUUCAGCCAGUCAAACCAUCGUCCUUGCAUAUCGUCCCCAUCGGCACGUUGACUCAAGCUCUCACAGAAAUUUAGAUCUCUCCCUAUACGUUAAUUCGUUCCGAAUUCCCUACUUACAAGGCCGAGGGUUUGUCGAUGCCCUGACAAGUCUACUAUCCUACGUGGCCAUCUAG